AUGGGGGAUGAAGGCGAGAAGCAAGUAGAAAUAUGGAAGGUCAAGCGGCUUAUCAAAGCUUUGGAAGCGGCCAGAGGCAACGGAACGUCCAUGAUCAGUUUGAUCAUGCCUCCAAAGGAUCAGGUCUCUCGGGCUCAGAAAAUGCUUGGAGACGAGUUUGGCACAGCGUCCAAUAUUAAGAACAGGGUCAAUCGACAAUCCGUGCUGGGAGCCAUCACAUCAGCACAGCAGAGAUUAAAGCUCUACAACAAGGUACCUCCCAAUGGGCUGGUGGUGUACACUGGUACUGUGGUGACAGACGAUGGCAAGGAGAAGAAGCUCAAUAUCGACUUUGAGCCCUUCAAGCCCAUCAACACAUCCCUGUACCUGUGCGACAACAAAUUCCACACAGAGGCCCUCAACGAGCUGCUCGAGUCUGACAGCAAGUACGGGUUCAUUGUGAUGGACGGGAACGGGUCGCUGUUUGGAACGCUAAGCGGCAACACGCGGGAGGUGAUGCACAAGUUCACGGUGGACCUGCCCAAGAAGCACGGGCGCGGUGGGCAGUCCGCGCUGCGUUUCGCGCGUCUGCGGCUGGAAAAGCGCCACAACUACGUGCGAAAGGUGGCGGAGACGGCGGUGCAGUUCUUCAUCUCAGGGGACAGGCCGAAUGUGGCGGGGCUGGUGCUGGCGGGGUCUGCAGAGUUCAAGACAGAGCUCAGUGACUCCGACAUGUUCGACCAGCGGCUCAAAGCAGCUGUGCUUGCUGUUGUUGAUGUCUCCUAUGGUGGAGAGAACGGGUUCAAUCAGGCGAUCGAGCUCAGUGCAGACACCCUGGCGAAUGUCAAAUUCGUCCAGGAGAAGAGGCUCAUCUCAAAGUUCUUUGACGAAAUCAGUCAGGAUACAGGCAAGUUUGUUUUUGGUGUGGCGGACACCCUGCAGUGCCUGGACAUGGGCGCAGUGGAGACACUCAUUGUAUGGGAGAACUUGGAUGUGAAUCGCAUCACAUUGAGGAACACGGUGACGGGUGACGAGAACAUUGUGACGCUCAGCAAGGAGCAGGAGGCCAACGAGGCCCACUACAAGGACAAGGAGACGGGUGCAGAGCUGGAGGUCAUCGAGAAAAUGCCCCUGCUCGAGUGGCUGGCGAACAGCUACAAGAAGUUCGGCUGCCAGCUCGAGUUUGUCACCAACAAGUCGCAGGAGGGCAGUCAAUUCUGCAGAGGCUUUGGUGGCAUCGGGGGACUGCUGCGGUACUCUGUGGACCUGAGCCAAUUUGAGGCCUAUGAGGAAGAUGACGGCCCUGAGUGGAACAGUGAUGAGGACAUCUGAAGCAGCGACAAGGACAUCUGAAGCCCUCAGUCAGUCAGGCUUUAGAGGCGUUCUAGGCAAAUGUAGAACCGUUUGAGCACCUAUCGGACUCGUUGUUUGAAUAGCACAUAUAGCACACCAGCGUUGGGAACUUGUUGCCACCAUCAUGCGUAAGAGCAGCGAACAAGUUCUGGAACACAACUGUGGCGCCAUGGUGAAGUGAUGGGGCUGAGUGUGUCAGUCAGGUAUUGCGCAGCUGUCCUUGGUGCAUCGUAGUGAGCAUGGCUUCCCUGGGGCCUGGUCCCUUUGCGCGCACCUAAUAUUUGCCCAGCAGCACUUUCAAUGAAUAAAGUGACCUGACCUGAUCCCUGUAGAUCAGGUGCUUCUCGCCAGAUUUCUGGGGCAGCCGUGUAAAGUAAGAGAC